AUGGAAGACGAGGAGAAGCUUUCUCAGUGUCGAAAUGCAUUGUUGGUAUUUGUAAUCAACAACAUUGAAAAUAAACUCCCUAUAAAGGAAGAAGAAAUGCGUGAAAUACUUGGCAAAGAUAAAGCACUCCUCAAGGAAUGUCUACCAAGUGUAAUUCAAACUUUGAAAAAGGUUUAUGGAAUAGUUUUACAACGUGUACCUGAUACUAGAAAGUAUAUUUGCUAUUCGCAGUUAAGUGCAUCCUCCACAGCAGAGUAUGAUUUGGAACAGAUCCGUCAUUUAACAUUGUUAUUUGUUAUACUGUCUUAUCUAUUAAUGAAAGAUUGCCGAGUGGAUGAAGAUCAACUAUUUAAUUUCCUCAAAGGCCUACGGAUAGAUAUCGACGAAGAGCAUACAUACUUUACAGGAAAUCUGAGAAAGCUUAUUUGUGAAACAUUUGUAAAGCAAUUAUAUUUGAAGCGAGAAAAGUCCGAUUCUGAAACCGACAUGGAAACAAGAUAUUUGUUCUCGUGGGGUUAUCGCGCUACUAUGGAGUUUCCACCAAAAGAUGUUUUACAACAAACUGCAGGGAUUCUUGGCAAGGAAGCCAGAGAUUUUGUCUCUAUAUAUAACAAAUAUUGUUCAAAUGAUAAUAACGAAGAACCCAUGGCUGUGGACUAA